GCCGCCUUCCGCCUGCUCGAGAUGGUGGGCAAGGUGACCAAGGUGCGGGUGGAGGUGGUGCCCUGGACGCGGGUGUCCUGGGAGUGGCAGCGCAAGUACGACGGCGGCAGCGGGGAGACGAUGCGCGUGCGCCGCGAGCAGUGGCACAUUGGGAAGGGAAAAGAAGACACGAUCUGUCCGUUUAUGAAAGACCUGCAACUGGCCACGAUGGGACCCGCGCUGUCCGAGACGGAUCAGGAAUUCCAACACUUUUUGGCCAACUUGACCGAUGACUUCGUCUUCGGAAAGAGUGCGCAGCACUGCGAGUUCUGCAGCCAGUUCGUGGGCGGGGGCAAGAGUGUCUUGAAGCGCCACGAACAGGGAUGCUUUCAUAAUCCCAACCGAGAUACCGAAAGUGACCGGUGCGUCCAUUGCGGCGAAGUGUUCGUGGUGAAUCCAACGUCGCAGACGAUGUGGAAAAAGAGCCGGCUGCAGCACCUCGGCUGCUGUUCAAAAAAUCCUGACCAAGCGCAGGAUCUAGAGCGAAGCCGCAAAAAGCAAAAAACGGGCCCACGAGUGCGGUUCGACACGGGGUUUGCAAACGACAUUGACUGGGACACGAGGAACGGUGAUAGAAAUGGUCUAGACGAGCCUUUCUUCCACCUGAACGAAGCUUUGUGAGCUUUACAAAAUUCUUGAUGAAUACUUUUGAUGUGCUGGCGGAGCUUUUCACUUUCGGGUCGUGACGUAAGUAUUUGACUAUGUAUUCGUGUACUUCUACAUCUAGUUGAAGUUCUUCA